AUGGCUACAGCUGUUGGCGAGUCUAUCGCCCUCACACCUCUUGAGGACGCAAAACUUCGCCCUGAGAAGGCUGAUUCCACUGCUGUUCCUGAUGAACUGCAGACACAGCGUAUCCGCUCACGCGCUUCCGCAUCAGGCUCAGAGAACGUUGCGGAGGAUGCUGCGCAUGAGCCAACCAAGGCUGAGAAGAGAGCCAAACUUCUCUAUACGCUUGCAGUGUGCUGGAUGAUGAUUCUCAUUGGCUGGAAUGAUGGCACCGCUGGACCUUUGCUGCCGCGCAUCCAGAGUGUCUACAAUAUCGGGUAUCUCGAAGCUUCAUUGAUAUUCGUUUCCAACUGUGUGGGAAUCGUCUGCGGGGGAAUGGCAAACAUCUGGCUUGCUCGUAAACUCGCGCUCGGUAAAAUCGUCGCAAUCGCGGCUUCCUUUUCCAUCAUUGGCUUCUCCAUACAGGCGCCAGCUCCGCCAUUCCCGGUCUUCGCCAUUAGCGCAGGCAUCACAGGGUUCUCUAUGACCAUCCAGGACAUACACGCAAACAACUUCAUUGCAAGUAUGAAAGACUCAGGUGCACGACUUGGAGUUCUCCACUGUCUCUACGGCAUAGGAGCUUUCGCAGCACCACUUGCUUCGACGCAUUUCGCGGAUGCUCCUCACUGGUCUUUCAUGUACCUUUGCUCCCUCGGUAUAGCGGCCAGUAAUGUCGUUUCGAUCCUAGUGAUUUUCCGCUUGCGAACGCAGGAUGAGCUGCUCCACGAUAUGGGCGAGAGGCCAGAGCCCGAGGAGGAGACCGCAGCGGGAGGAAACGUCUACAAGCAGGUGCUGGGGCUACGCGUCGUUCAGUUGCUCGCUCUCUUCAUUGCUGCAUAUGUCGGAGUGGAGACCACUAUUGGAGGUUGGAUUGUCAGCUAUACCAUUGACGUCCGUGGUGGUGGUCCGAGCGCGGGCUACAUCUCUUCUGGGUUCUUCGGAGGUCUCGCACUCGGUCGCGUCGCUCUCCUCUGGAUCACGAAGGUGCUCGGCAAUCGCACCGCCAUCUUCCUGUACAUGAUCCUUGCCCUCGGCUUGGAAUUCAUCGUCUGGUUCGUACCGUCGAUCGUCUCAGGUGGUGUGGCCAUCUCUCUCGCUGGUCUGGUCCUUGGACCCGUCUUCCCCAUUGUCGUGCAUCAGGCUAGCCACCUCUUACCCCGCUCCAAGCUCAACGGCGCCAUCAGCGCCAUCGCCACGGGAGGUACGAUCGGUUCCGCGGCCAUUCCCUUCGUCGCAGGCGCUCUGGCUCAAGGCCAUGGCAUUUGGAGCUUGCAACCUCUUUUGGUGUCUCUGAUGGCCGUGAUGAUCAGCAUCUGGGUCUUCGUGCCCAAGCCGCACGCGCGCACGGACUAA